AUGGUUCUAGGGCUUAUAGGGACAAUUUUCGCAGUUUCCGGUUACCGAAGAGUCAAGUUCAACCAUCAAAUUCAAUGUCCGAUGGAGAAUGUUCUUAUGAGAAGGCGAAUUCUUCCUCUUGAUGAGUCCAGCGAGGAUGAUCUUCUUUAUGAAUUUUCAAUGGACGCAAUUCACCUUCCUCAGAAAAGCAAUCAGGGUUGGUGCAAGUUCUCACUCUGGGGCUUUUCGGCGGGAAAAACGAUCAUUUCUGCCGAAGCGGUCGACCUUGAUACUGAAAAAACAUGGGCGAGAAUCGAUGUUACAGAGCAAGUUUCAAGCGCGACGACAAAAUCUUUCAACCUCAAAGAACCUUUCCACUACGAAACGACACUAUCCGGAUAUACCGAAGUGGUGAUUGGAAUCAAGGAAGACUACAGUCACAAUCACAAUGUCGACUUCAACUUCAUCUUCAGAUCUAACAAAGAGCGACCUGACUUCGUCCGCGCCACUGGCCCCACUUACAUCGUCUGGUUCUGGCUGCCAUUAACAAUGACCUUCGUCGUCUGUGCCUGUUUGUUCGCCAUGCACAAGCUGGAAAACUACGGAAUCGAGCAAAAGAAGAAGCGAUACGAUUUCCGGGUCGAAAGUGGGCUCAAAUACGGCGACCCAGGGGACUUUUCAAGAGAUCAGCUGAGGAAGUUCAAGUCAAGAUUAGCCGCUAUCUCGAUUUCAACUCCACAAUCACCGAGAAGAUCGAGAGCCAUGUACAACAUUUCUGUUUGA